UAUUUGAGAGCUUGACUUGACCUCACUGUAGUGGGGAAAUGCACCUCCCAUAAUCCCACUCCUAAAUUCCCAUGGCUGUACCUCCAAUUCUCAGAGGCUUGUCUCUCCUCCGUCUUCACCUCCGCCACAGACUCGCCGCCAGGAUACCAACUCCUCUUCGUCGUCCGUUCUUCUCAACAACCUUUUCUGGUUCAACACCGUCCCCGUUAGACACAUCGUCGUCGACUAGUGAACUAUCAAAAGUACAAAACCCUCCUAAUUCCUCUAACAGGAUCAAUAACCCUAGUAAUGUUGAAUGGCAAGAUAUGGAGAAAGAGAUUCUAAGGGAUAUUGAACCUGUUGUUCUUCUCCUCAAAGAUAUUCUCCAUUCUGAUAGGUACAUGGAUGGGGAACGUCUUACUCCUGAUGAUGAAAAUGUUAUUAGAGAGAGGCUGCUUGCCUAUCAUCCUUCUAUUGAAGAAAAAAUUGGAUGUGGACUUGAUUCAAUUAUGGUUGAUCAGCACCCCCAAUUUGAAAGAUCAAGGAGUUUAUUUGUUGUUAGAACGGAUGGUGGAUGGAUUGACUUCUCUUACCAAAAAUGUUUACGGGAGUAUGUCCGACAGAAAUUCCCCUCUUAUUCUGAAUAUUUUGAACAGCAGAAGUCAGCUGUUAUUUAUAAGAAACAGCCACGACGACUUCAUCUUUGGUCCAGAGGAGGUAUCAUGUAGAAAAGGUAUUUUGUUCGUUUCUGGUAUCGGCGUUGGUGUGUUAGGCUUUGAUUAGUUUAAGUUCCUUUGGUUGAGAUUUGAGGCAGUUAUCCUACCAGAUUUAUCAGACAGAAAUCAUUCUAUGUCAAGAAACUCUGUCUCUAAAUUGAAUGUGCAUUUUAUUAUCUGAGUUCUUGUGUGCACUUUCCCCUUUUAUUUUGAUGGACUGCAGUGUGAAUAUUUUUUUUUGGUGUUUAGAGAGCCACAAGGGUGAGGGUGAGAAUCGAUCCCAGGACCUCCUAGAGUCGGGAGGGAAGCUCUGACCACUUGAGCUAUCCCUCACUCUCAUUGCAGUGUGAAUAUGGCUAACCACUUUAUAUACAUGUUUAUUGAUAGACAGACAAUUCAGUUGUUUUGAUAUCUCUAAUGUGAUCCCUGCUCUGUAUAGCAAAGGCGAAAGGUUAUCUUGGCCUUACAUUGUGUUUUGGGUGCAAAGGAAGAUUAUUUUGCAUAAAUAACAUUUAUAUUCUUAUGUAUGGAA